AUGUACAUAGGAGGGGAAAGAGAGACAGGGGGAGGAGGGAGAGAGAGAGAGGUUGGCAAUCGAAGUGAUAUAUGUAGCUGUGACCUGCCUAGCAACAAAAUGGUACCAAUGCGCGGAUCUGCAACGAAUUCUUAUGAGGAGCAAUUUUCACUGGAGGGUAGUGGUUAG